AUGCAGAAGUUCCUUGUUCUUUUGGCUGCUGCCUCCUCGCGGUCGCCGACCCGAUCUACUGCUGGUCUCGAGCGUGCGCAAUGCCUGAAGAAUGUUUUCGGUCCCAGCUCAGGAUACGACAUUGGUCAUAUUAUGGCUGAGACUCCCAAGAGCAGCGGAAAGCGUCAACGCCCUUAUGACACUGUCGAACCUCUUGCUGAGGAACUAGGCCUUACUGUCGAUACAUCCUGCGGCAAGACGGAUUACAGCUGCGUGAAGGAUGUUGUGAAAGCCUACGACGGCGAUGGAAACAUUCUUAUUUGCUGGGAGCACGAUGCACUCACUGAUAUCGUGAAGGAACUUGGUGAUGACGACGCACCUGAUUAUCCCGAUGAUAGCUUUAACAUUAUUUGGACGGAUCCCUCUCCUUAUACUAGCAUUACGGCUGAGACUAGCGAGAAUUGCCCUGGACUGGAUUCUUAG